UAAACAGAUAUAAAUAUACCGCCUAUUAUGCCUGAUGAGGAUAAAAACUUUGGUGGCUCUUCAGUUUUGGUUCUUAGAAAGUGAUGGCGUCACGUGAAAACGAUCUAUAACAUCAAAGAUAAUGCGCGUGAAUGUCAUUCGAGAAUUUGAGGGCGCCACGAUUUAACCUCGGAAUUAACCUCGAAAGAAUCUCUAGUGACACGAAGAAAAAUUAAUUCGUCGUUGUCCUCAUGAACAAAGUCCUCAUGAACAAAGUCUUGUUCCAAAUCGACGUCCGAUGUGAGUCAUUUGGGACGCUGACCAAUAUUAGAAGGGCCACUGAACCUCAAAUUAGGACAGAAAGCCUUCCAAUGACCGGGUUUACCACAAGUAAAACACAAACCAGAUGCCAAUCUCUGAGACGAAUGUUGCGGAUUUACACGCGAAAAUAAAUUGGGUAGCUGUGAAGCGAAAAGUUGCGCAGUUGUUGAGGUCGAUGUGACAUUACUGCUUUGCUGGAUCGAGCGUGAAGUGAAACGCUUUGUGGACCUAGCUGCUCUGGAUUUGGCCCUGCGUAUGAUCUUCGUCGUCUGCGAAAUCGUAAUGUUAGAACUCGAGGACCGUCUUCCAUCCGUACUCUGAUUUAUCAGCCAGUAGGAUUAAUUUUAUGGUGCUCUUGAAGUAGAUCCAUGCCUUCAUCUAAGGAUUGUUUCAUUGGUCUUCUCGAUCACGACGUCGUUCCCUUUGAGGGCAAUCUGGGCGUCUUCAAUGGCAUCUUUAAUAGCUUUGUUAGAUUUGUACUGCUCCUCGUUGCUGUUUUUGUUGAAGCGAGGAACGGAAUCGCACUUCAGCCUUUAAAUCUGCGACAUCUGUUGGUAAGCGAUAGACUCGUUAGAUCGUUUGAGGUCAGAAAUGGAAGAAUUCACGAGAUCUUUGAUCAGAACGAGAAGAUCUCUGUUGUUUUCAUCGACGACUCUCCUGACGCCUGCUUCGUCCAUAACUAGCAAAGGAAAACUGAUGAAGAGAAGAAAGGAAUCUUAUGCGAAAGAGCUAGUGGCAAGGCUGACAGUAGAAUGUCGAUUAAGCGCCCCCCUCGAAUAAGCGCCCCCGUCUUCUCCUAAAUCAUUUUACUUGAAAUAAGCGCCCGAAAUAACCAAUUAAUUUUUUUGGUCAAUCUUUUAUCAUUUAUUGGAUGUUUAUAAGGGAUAGUCCAUAGGGUGGUUUACGAGUGCUUGCAUGAACUUGCAUUGCAAGCGUUCCUGCAACUGGGGCGCCUAGGAAAACGUUUGCUAAGGAUGCAACAGGAGCGCUAUCUACAUUUUCAGCACCACAGGGCCGCCUAAGGGGUCACUGGUCAGGAGGUAGUUUGGCAUGGCUGGUUCCCAGGUUCUUUUCACGCGUCCCGUCAGGAGCACUAACGAUAUCAAAGAUGUUGUACAAACUCAUGCGGGAGAACUAUUACCACUGGAUUUGUAUUUUUGUCGUUUUUACACCAACUGUACAUGUGGUGCAAACUUUAAGCAAAUGCAGCAAAGUAGAUGUCUGCAAAUGUUCGACUGACGAAGGAACUAUCGAUCUGUGGAGUUUAGCUGGUACAGCAAGCAAUAUACCCAGGUUUAAGGAUAUCUCUGUUAAAGGAGUGACUGGAAGUACAGUUGACUGGAAUCCUUGUAACAAGUGGACUGCAAAACCUCCAGAGUCUGUAACAACCAGCAACUGUCAAGACAUAGCUGUUUGUUUCAAGUUUGGUGAAUAUCUGCUUGCUGGCAUUGGUGAACAGGAGACAGCAGAUUUCAGCUUUAAUUCAACAUCUGGAACAUGUGUCUUGUCACUUACAGGAAAGGCAAUUCCUGGCACAGGCAAUCCAUCAAGUUCAUCAACUCAUAUCACACUGCAAUGUGACUCACAUGAGGAGGGCAGAUUAGAGUCUGUUAAAACGCCAGUAACUGGGAAUGAUGAUUUUCAAGUGCCAUUGAUACUUCACUCCAAGUAUGCUUGUCCUGUAAAAUCUGGGUUGAGUAUCGGAAGCAUCUUAAUCAUAAUUUUUAUCUCCUUACUGGUGGUGUACCUCGUAGCUGGAAUUCUUUUCAAUAAAUAUCGUAAAGGAGCAACUGGGAAAGACAUGAUACCUAACAUUAAUUUCUGGACUGACUUUCCUUUGCUUGUGAAGGAUGGUGUCGUCUUCUCGUAUCAAUGUUGCAGAAACGUUUGUUCAAGAAAACAGGACUCAUAUGAGUCAAUAUAAAUAAUACAUGUAGCAGGAACUUAGAACACUUCAUAUUGUACCCACGCAAGAGACAUGCCCCAAAACAUUUCACAUACAUUGUAUGUAUUGAUCAGGUACCUGUAGUCCCCAUCCCCGUGCGCGUGCAGUUCAACAAAUUGACGUCAGUUUUUUAUGCGUCUGUCGUGUUAUUGAUUACGAAUUUCGUCAUAACACUCAUAACAUUGU